AUGGCAGCUAUUCCUAAAAUUUUGGAACGUCAAAAGGUUAUUGGGGACGAAAUUGUAUGUAUACAUACAAAAUUGGACGAUCGACCAAUUCGUCUACCAAAAUUAAAUGAUUUUAAAAAACGUGUUUUAAAGUUCAAAGAUGAAUUUAGAGCCAAUAAUGAAAUGUUAUCAAAAUAUGGAAAUAAGUCCGAAGAUUACUUCACACAAGGAUAUUUUGACUACAUCACAACAAUCAUCAAAGAAAUAGAUGAAAUCAUCAUAAACGAAGAGAGUAGAACUGAAAAAGCGACUGAAAUAUCGUCAAUAAAUAAGGACACAAAAAUAAUGGAAGUACCUUAUGUGACAGAAUAUGCGCAGAAGCACACAAUUAACGAAGAGUUUUCUAAGAUGGCAAAUUCACUCAAAGAAUUAUGUGAUGAGCUGAUCACAAAUAUAGAAACACUAUCUAUAACCAGUCUACCAAUAAAGCAAAAGCAGUUAGAAAGUAGAUAUCAGCGCAUGUUGAAUAAAUUUGAAAAAGUUCCCGAAGCAAUGAACAUAGAUGAAUUAUUGACAGAAACCGAGGAUUAUUAUUAUAAAGCUUUAAUAAUAAUUAAUAAUAAAAAAGGAGAUGCAGAAAGCACUCCCAAAUCAGCAAGUAACAUUGAUUUUUCCAGUUCUGCGAACCUCUCAAAAAUAAAAAUACCCGAAUUUGAAGGGAAUAUAAACGACUGGGCAUCAUUCUACGACUUAUUUAAAAGUUUAGUGCAUGAUUGCCAUCAGCUUUCCGACGUAGAAAAAAUGUACAGGCUGACGACCUCACUUAAAGGCGAGGCAAAAAAGUUGAUUCAGCAUUUAAAUAUUACUUCCAAUAAUUAUGAAGCUGCGCUGGAGAUCCUUAAGCAAAGGUACGAAAAUAGAAGAUUGCUGUUCACUAACCAGGUUGAUAUAUUGCUGGAUCAACCAAUAGUGGAUAGUGAAUCUUCGGCUAGCCUUAAACAACUGUUGGAUACAACAAACAGUUGCAUUUACAUUCUUAAGGGGAUGAAUCUAAAAUUAGAGGAUGCCGAACCUUUUAUAGCCCGCAUCAUUAUCAGGAAAUUAGAUAAAAAUGGACUGCGGCGUUACGAGCAAAAUAUAAAAAAAUCCAAAGAAAUUCAAAGUCUAGAGGAUGUGAUGGAUUUUCUGGAACAAGAGGUUCAAGCCUUGGAAGCAGUUUCGAAAGGAAAGUUACAAAAUAAUUUCAAAAGAAAAACAAGUGAAAUGAGCAAAUCAUCAAACUCAUUUCACUCAAUACAAAAAUCAUGCCUUCACUGCAACCUAAACAACCACUCCACACCGGAAUGCAGGAAGUUUUUGGCUUUGUCUACGGCUGAGAGACGAAAAUUAGCUUAUAACAACAGAUGGUGCUUCACCUGCAUUGAACAUAAAAGUAACAAGUGGUGCUCUAGCAAAAUAAAAUGCUGUCAUUGUGGAAAAGGUCAUCAUAAAAUUCUUCAUCUUAUCGAAGAAAAUAAAGACAAAUCCCAAACAUCAUCAAUGACCACAAAAGGAUCUACUACAACAUCAGUACUUCUGGCAACAGCACAAGUUAAAGUACAAGCGGCAAAUGGGGAACAGUUGAUGUUGAGGGCGCUAAUUGAUCAAGGUUCACAAAUAACAACAUUGUCAGAAGAGGCAUCUCAACUUUUACGUCUACCAAAAACCAGAUGCAAAACGGAAAUCCAUGGUCUCGGAGGUGCAGUAGUUGGAGUCUCAAGCGCAAAAACAAAACUAGUAUUAAGGCCAAGAUUCUUAAGCAACAACUUGGUGGAAACGGAAGCAUUAAUACUGCCUCGUUUAACAGGAGCUCAACCAAGUCAAUCAUUUGAAAAUGACAUCGAGGAAUGGAAGAACUUUAUUCUUGCAGAUCCUUCCUUUAAUGAAUCAGAUAGGAUAGAUAUUGGCGAUAUAAUUCCACAUAUCAUUAAAGAAGGCGUUCAUAAAAAAGGGGCGUGUUGGCGCAAUCAACAAUAUUUGGAUGGAUACUCUCAGGUGUUAUUAAUAAAAAGACAAAACCUGAAAAAGUCCACCACCAACCUAGAACGCUUUUGGGAAAUAGAAGAAACAUCAUUAGAAUUCAAUAACCAUGAAGAAGAUGAGUUUUGCCAGGAACUAUUCAAAACAUCAACCAAAAUUGAUGACUCCAAUCGGAUUGUGGUAAAUCUACCGAUUAAAAAAGAUAAUAACGAACUUGGUGAGUCAAAAAAGCAGGCAGUAGCUAGACUGCUCUCUAUGGAGAAAAAAUUUUAUUCAAAUCCUAAAUUGAAUGAACAAUAUAUACAGUUUAUGGAAGAAUAUGAAAGAUUGGGUCACAUGAAAUUAACAACAAACAACAGUGGAAAAUAUUAUCUUCCUCAUCAAGCUGUAAUCAGAGAAAACAGCUUAACCACAAAAUUAAGGGUGGUAUUCGAUGCAUCAGCAAAAACAACAAAUGGUAAAAGUCUCAAUGAUGUGAUGUAUACGGGACCAAGGCUGCAAAAAGACAUAUUUGAUAUUAUUUUAAAAUGGCGGCUAUGGAGAUAUGUAAUGAUGGCGGAUGUUGAAAAGAUGUAUAGACAAGUGAGAGUUGCAGAAGAAGAUCAAAAAUAUCAACACAUAUUAUGGCGAAAAAAUAAUAACGAGCUGAUAAAGGAGUAUAAGUUAACAACAAUUACGUACGGAACAGCCUCAGCUCCAUUUCUUGCAGUGAGGGCGUUAUUUUAUAUUGCUGAUACCUGUCCAAUUCCGGAGAUUAAAAAUAUUAUUAAAGAAGAUUUUUACAUGGAUGAUCUCAUAACAGGAGCCGACACUAUUAAGCAAUGUAAAUAUAUUCAGCAUAGUGUUUUAAAUCAUCUUGCAAGUUAUGGUUUUAAAUUGAGAAAAUGGCUGUCAAAUGAAAAGCAAAUAACUGAAGACGUAUGCAGUUCCAUAAUGAUUCAAAUAAAAGAUGAUGAGUCAAUAAAAACAUUGGGAUUGCAGUGGGAUCCAGUUUUGGACAACUUUAAAUUUGGUAUCAACUUUUCAAACAACGAUAAAAUUACAAAAAGACAUGUUUUAUCAGAAGUGGCUAAGAUUAUUGAUCCUUUAGGGUGGUUGUCACCAGUUACAGUUCUUGCAAAACUGUUUAUACAAAAAUUGUGGUUGCUGCAGAAUAAAUGGGACGAAGUCAUACCCGAUGAGCUAAAUAAUGAAUGGCAAGUGUUCAAAAAUAAUAUAUCCUCUCUACAAGAAAUUCGUGUGCCAAGAUGGGUGCAGUUAACAACUAAGUCUAGAUUUGAGCUGCAUGGUUUUGCGGAUGCAUCGGAAAAAGCAUAUGCAGCUGUAAUAUAUAUAAAAAAAGAAAACUCGGUGACGCUUCUUACCGCCAAAACAAAAGUAAAUCCAAUAAAAAAUAGGAAGACUUUGCCGAAAUUGGAACUUUGUGCUGCACAUCUAUUAGCAAAACUACUACAAAAGGUAUCUAACAUUGUUAAAGGCCAACAUACGAUAUAUGCUUGGAGUGAUUCAACAAUAACUUUAGCAUGGGUCAAAAAUAAAACAAACAAAGAUAAAUUCGUCCGAAAUCGGGUAGCAGAAAUAAACAACAUUAUACCUAAUGCGAUAUGGAAUCACGUAAGCAGUAAAGAUAAUCCAGCAGAUAUUGCAUCACGCGGUAUUUGUGCUUCACAAUUUAAAGCACAUUCUUUAUGGUGGAAUGGCCCUCAAUGGUUGAAUAAAUCAUCAGAGUAUUGGCCUUGCAAAGCAGAAAAUUCUGAAAUAGUGGUCACUGCAGUCACAAGGAUAAGGAGUUCUACCUUGCUAAUGGAGGUGAUCAACAAGUAUUCAAAUUAUACAAGACUUCAAAGAGUGGUGGCAUACAUCUUAAGAUUCAUCAAUAAGCUGAAAAAGAAGCCCCAUGAAUCUCAACACUUAUCUGUAGGCGAAUUAAAAGCAGCAGACAAAAUUAUAGUAAGAUAUCACCAAGAAAAUGAAUUCAAUAGUGAGAUAUCAGAUCUUAAGAGAAAUGGAGUAGUUAAUAAAUGCUCCAAAAUAGCGAAUUUAUUUCCUUUCAUAGACAAUGAUUGUUUACUGCGUGUGGGUGGUAUACUACAAAAUUCGAAUUUACCAUAUAAUCAACAACAUCCAGUCAUAUUGAUGAAAUCAUCCUUAGCAUCAGCAAUAGUGCAUAUUCAAGGUGCAUAUUCAAACGUUGCAUGGUGGAAAUCGCAUAGUUGA